AAUUGGCGCCAUUUUGAAGAUAGGAGGGGGAAGAGAGCUGCAAGAGAGAGGAUACAAUUCAUUGCAAUUCAUAAAAACAAGGAGUACUGAGCUGGGAGUAUGGCUCACUCUAAGUCUCGAGCGGCCGAUGGGAAGAUCACCUACCCUCCGGGGGUCAAGGAGAUCUCCAGCAACAUCUCCAAGGAGGAGAUGGUCCGCCGACUCAAGAUGGUGGUGAAAACGUUCAUGGACAUGGAUCAGGACAGUGAGGAGGAGAAGGAGUUGUACCUGAACCUGGCUCUCCAUCUGGCAUCUGACUUUUUCCUGAAGCACCCUGACAAGGACGUUCGCCUCCUAGUGGCCUGCUGCUUGGCUGACAUUUUCAGAAUCUACGCCCCAGAGGCCCCCUACACAUCACCUGAUAAACUGAAGGAUAUCUUCAUGUUCAUCACUCGCCAGCUGAAAGGACUGGAGGACACCAAGAGUGCUCAGUUUAACAGAUACUUCUACCUGCUGGAGAACAUAGCGUGGGUGAAGUCCUAUAACAUCUGCUUUGAGCUGGAAGACAGCAAUGAGAUCUUUACUCAGCUCUACAGGACCCUGUUCCAGGUCAUCAACAACGGGCACAACCAGAAGGUGCACAUGCACAUGGUGGAUCUGAUGAGUUCCAUCGUCUGUGAGGGAGACAGCGUGUCACAGGAACUACUGGACACAGUGCUGGUCAAUCUGGUGCCUGCACACAAGAACCUGAACAAGCAGGCGUAUGACCUGGCCAAGGCUCUGCUGAAGAGGACAGCUCAGGCUAUAGAGCCCUACAUCACUAAUUUCUUCAACCUGGUGUUGAUGUUGGGGAAGACGUCUGUCAGUGAUCUGUCAGAACAUGUGUUUGACCUGAUCCUGGAGCUCUACAACAUAGACAGUCAUCUACUGCUGUCUGUCCUGCCACAGCUGGAGUUUAAACUGAAGAGUAAUGAUAAUGAUGAGCGUCUCCAGGUGGUCAAGUUGUUAGCUAAGAUGUUUGGAGCUAAAGACUCUGAGCUGGCAGCACAGAACAAACCUCUGUGGCAGUGUUACCUGGGCAGGUUCAAUGAUAUCCACGUGCCCAUCAGACUGGAGUGUGUCAAGUUUGCCUCCCACUGUCUCAUGAACCACCCAGACCUGGCCAAGGACCUCACAGAAUUCCUGAAGGUCAGGUCACAUGACCCCGAGGAGGCCAUCCGUCACGACGUCAUCGUCUCCAUAGUAACUGCGGCCAAGAAGGACCUGACUCUGGUCAACGACGCCCUGCUGAACUUUGUCAAGGAGAGGACUCUGGACAAGAGGUGGCGUGUGCGUAAAGAGGCCAUGAUGGGACUGGCUCAGAUCUAUAAGAAGUACUCUCUCCAGGGAGAGGGGGGCAAGGAGGCAGCCAAUCAGAUCUCCUGGAUCAAAGAUAAACUACUACACAUCUACUACCAGAACAGCAUCGACGACAGGUUGUUGGUAGAGCGUAUCUUUGCCCAGUACAUGGUACCUCACAACCUGGAGACCACAGAGAGGAUGAAGUGUUUGUAUUAUCUCUACGCUACCCUGGACACUAACGCUGUCAAGGCUCUGAAUGAGAUGUGGAAAUGUCAGAACAUGUUGAGACACCAUGUCAAAGAUCUCCUGGACCUGGUCAAACAGCCCAAGUCUGAUGCUGGUAGCAAGGCGGUGUUUGCCAAGGUUAUGGUGAUUACGAGGAACCUUCCAGACCCAGGCAAGGCCCAGGACUUUGUGAAGAAGCUAGCCCAGGUCUUGGAUGAUGAUGAGCGGAUUAGAAACCAACUAGAGACCCUGGUCUCACCGGCCUGCUCCUGCAAACAGGCCCAAGUCUGUGUGAGAGACAUCACUAAGAAGUUAGGCAGUCCUAAACAGCCCAGUAAUCCCUUCUUAGAGAUGGUCAAGUUCCUGCUGGAAAGAAUUGCUCCUGUACACAUCGACACAGAGUCUAUCAGUGCUCUGGUAAAGCAGGUGAACAAGUCGAUAGAUGGAACAGCUGAGGAUGAUGAAGAGGGAGUUCCUACUGAACAGGCCAUCAGGGCAGGACUGGAACUACUCAAGGUCCUGUCGUUUACCCACCCGGUGUCGUUCCACUCUGCGGAGACGUUUGAAUCCCUGCUGGGCUGUCUGAAGAUGGAUGAUGAGAAGGUGGCCGAGGCGGCGCUGCAGAUAUUUAAAAACACAGGCAGCAAGAUGGAGGAGAGCUUCCCUCACAUCAAGUCUGUUCUGCUGCCAGUACUGCAGACCAAAGCUAAGAGAGGACCCCCUCGCCAGGCCAAAUAUGCCAUCCACUGUAUCCAUGCCAUGUUCACACACAGAGACACACACUUCGCUCAGAUCUUUGAGCCACUGCAAAAAGGCCUGGACCUUGAGGACCUGGAUCAGCUGAUAACUCCUCUCACAACUCUGGGUCACCUGGCUCUGCUGGCCCCAGAACAGUUUGCCGCUCCGCUCAAAUCACUGGUGGCCAACUUCAUAGUCAAGGACCUGCUCAUGAGCGACAGGAUCCCAGGUAAGAAGACCACCAAGCUGUGGGUCCCUGAUGAUGAGGUGUCUUCUGAAACCCUGGCCAAGAUCCAGGGUAUCAAGUUGAUGGUGAGGUGGUUGUUGGGCGUAAAGAACACCCUGUCUAAGUCUGGUAACUCCACUCUGAGGAUGCUGACUGCUAUACUACACAGUGAUGGAGACCUGACAGAGCAGGGCAAGAUGGGUAAACCAGAUAUGUCUAGGCUGAGGUUGGCAGCAGCGUGUGCCCUACUGAAGCUGGCACAGGAGCCCUGCUACCAUGAGAUCAUCACUCUAGAGCAGUACCAACUCUGUGCCCUGGUCAUCAAUGAUGAGUGUUACCAGGUGCGUCAAGGUUUUGCCCAGAAGCUCCAUAAGGGUCUGUGCCGCCUGCGUCUGCCCCUGGAGUACCUGGCGGUGUUUGCCCUGUGUGCCAAGGACCCUGUGAAGGAGAGACGGGCCCAUGCCAGGCAGUGUCUGGUGAAGAACAUUACAAUCAGGAGAGAGUACCUUAAACAACACGCUGCUGUCAGUGAGAAGUUAUUCUCUCUGCUCCCUGAGUAUGUGGUCCCCUAUGCCAUCCACCUGCUGGUCCACGACCCAGACUACAUCAAGGUCCAGGACAUUGAACAACUCAAAGACAUCAAGGAGUCUCUGUGGUUCAUCCUGGAGAUCAUCAUGUCUAAGAAUGAGAACAACAGCCACGCCUUCAUCAGGAAGAUGGUGGAGAACAUCAAACAGACCAAGGACGCACAGGCUCCUACCGACGCCAAGAUCAACGAGAAGUUGUACACGGUGUGUGACGUGGCCAUGAACAUCAUAAUCUCUAAGAGCACCACCUACAGUCUGGAGUCUCCCAAAGACCCUGUCCUUCCCACACGCUACUUCACCAAGCCUGACAAGAAUUUCAGCAACACAAAGAACUAUCUCCCUCCAGAGAUGAAGUCCUUCUUUACACCUGGAAAGCCUAAAACAGCUAACGUGUUAGGAGCGGUGAACAAACCCCUGGCCUCAGCAGGUAAACCCAUCCAGAGUAAAGCAUCGCGCAUGGAGACGGCUAGCAACGAGGAUAGUACCUCAAACCCCAGCUCUCCUCAACGCACCAAGACCAGACAUGACAGUGCAGAGGACCACAGUGAGAACGAAGACAUCAUGAAGAAAGGAGACACCUCUGACACAAAGGACAGUGACAAACCCCGGGGCCGUAAACGAGGCGCCGCCUCCAGUAACCUUGACGACAACCCUUCUCCUAAACCCAAGCGCGGCCGCAAGAAGGCAGCAGCAGUAGUCGACCCCGAGGACCAAUGGGGAGAGGAGUCCCGACUCGGCGACGCCCAGACGGAAGACGAGCAGAACAGCCCGCCCAAAAAAGGGCGUAGGGGGCGGUCCACGAAGGCUGCAGCGGCCAAUCAGGAAACUCCAGCUAAGGGGAGGGGGCGGGGUCGGAAGAAGGCAACUCCUCCCCCUGAAGAAGAGGAUGAGGGAGGAGAGGAGGAAGAAGAGGAGGAAGAGGAAGAGGAGGAGAAUAUCGAGUUGAAGACUAAGGGAGGAAGACCAGCGCGGGCGGCAAGGAGAUCGACACAAAGUUCUGAGUCUGCUGAGUCCACCCCAGUGAAGAAGAGAGGACGGCCAGCCAAGGCAGCAGCACAGCCCGCCAAGAAACAACCAGCGCGUGGCCGUGGUAAGGCAGCAGCACCACCAGCAGCCAAAGAGGAGUCUGAGGAGGAGAUGGAGACACCGGCUGAGGAAGAAGAGGAGGAGCAGGAAGAAGUGGAGAAGGAGGAAGAACAGACCACUCCUAAAGGUCGACGGAAGACCGGAGGAAGAAAAAGAUGAACGGAGGACAAGAAAAAAAGGGAAGGAGAGAGAGAGAGAGAGAGGUGGAGUUGAUCCUUGGACACUUGUCUUGCCUUCUCUAAAGGAGAGAGGGAGCGAAGGAGAGAUGGAGAGAGUGGAAGAUGGGAGGGAUUAGACUUUUCUGAACUUUUCAUACGCUGACGCUCCUACCGUUACACACACACAUACACACACACACACACACACACACACACUCUUAUAACAUCAGUAUCAAUAACCGUAAGUUGUUUUUGUGAUGCAUUGUGAUAUUGUUCGCCACAUCUGUUCGAGCGAGAGAGAGAUCUCAGCUGAUGCCAUGAGUUGUAAAUAGUAUCUUUCAUGUCUGUGUUAUGGUUGUUUUGUUGACUGACUGGGUGCUGUUGUAUAGCUUUUAGCUCCUGUCUGUUCCAAAUGGUACCAUAUUCCCUAUAUAUAAUGCUCUACUUUGGUCUCUGGUCAAUAAUAGUGCACUGUAUAGGGAAUAGGGUGUUAUUUUGUCCCCGGAUCUGAAAGUGCGCUACUUGUUUUACCUUCAAAAUGAAAUCAGUUUUUAAACAAGGCCUUUUGGCAAUAUUGUCUUUUUGUCAUGUUCCCCUCUGUGUCCACUUCACCUGAAAUCCUGACUUCGCCUGAAACCCUGACUUCACCUGAAACCCUGACUUCGCCUGAAACCCUGACUUCGCCUGAAACCCUGACUUCGCCUGAAACCCUGACUUCGUCUGAAACCCUGACUUCGUCUGAAACCCUGACUUCGUCUGAAACCCUGACUUCGUCUGAAACCCUGACUUCGUCUGAAACCCUGACUUCGCCUGAAAUCCUGACAUUAGAUUUCCCGUACAUUUUCUAUUUUACUCUUUUUUGUGAAGUCAAUCAUGUAAUUUUUCCUUUUGUAGUUUUUUAACAACAAAAAAAGUCAAUUGGUUUGUUUACAGCAUUGUAUAUUCACGCCUUGUUGAGUUGUCGUUUUUUUUUUUUUUUAACCCUCUGGGAGACAAUUUCAGAAUUGUGUCGGAAUGUUGAAUGUUUAUUAUAAAUCAAUAAAGUUUUAGUAUUCGUUCCAUUUGACACCUGACUGGCACCUGCUGCUGCGAUCAGAUGUGGUUUUAGUGUUCGUUCCAUUUGACACCUGGGUGGCACCUGCUGCUGCGAUCAGAUGUGGUUUUAGUGUUCGUUCCAUUUGACACCUGGGUGGCACCUCCUGCUGCGAUCAGAUGUGGUUUUAGUCUGAAAAACGCUGCGUUAGAGACUUGCUCUAUGUCCCGAAUGGCACCCUGUGUAGUCCACUACUUCUGACCAGAGGCUAUAGGGCAGUGAGCAUACCACCCUGCAUACCACCCUGCAUACCGCUGCUGGCUUACCUCUGAAGCUAAGCAGGGUUGUUCCUGGUCGGUCCCUGGAUGGGAGACCAGAUGCUGCUGGAAGUUGUGUUGCAGGGCCAGUAGGAGGCACUCUUUCCUCUGGUCUAAAAAAAUAUAUAUAUGCCAAUACCCCAGGACAGUGAUUGGGGACAUUGCCCUGUGAUGGGACAUUUAAACGGGUGUCCUGACUGGUCACUAAAGAUCCCAUGGCAUUUAUCGUAAGAGUAGGGGUGUUAACCCCGGUGUUCUGGCUAAAUUCCCAAUCUGACCCUAAUACCAUCAUUGUCACCUAAUCAUCCCCAGCUUCCAAUUGGCUCAUUCAUCCCCGCCUCCUCUCCCCGGUAACUAUUCCCCAGGUCGUUGCUGUAAAUGAGAAUGUGUUCUCAGUCAACUCAAAGGUCCCUGGUCAAAUGUUGUGCACUAGAUGGGAAACCUGUGCCAUUUGAGAUGUAGAUCACGUCGUCACAUCCACCCAGUCAGCUCCUGUCUGUCUCUGUCGUAUUAAUAAAGUUGUCCAUACAACGGGA